UCUAUGACAUUGACCUCAUUUUCUCUAUAAAUUGGAUAGCUUUGGGGAGCUAGAAUUCCUCAUCAUAGAGAGAGCUUUCCAUAUUCCAAAAAAGCACUAAUUAAGAAAGGUACACAAGAGAUGGCUAUCAAUAACGAAGGGCAACAACAAAACCAAAACCAACAACUCAUCGGACACAAAGAUCUUGCUCAUAAGACUCUCCUUCAAAGUGAUGCACUUUACCAGUAUAUACUCGAUACCAGCGUGCAUCCAAGAGAGCAUCCAUGUCUGAAGGAGCUACGUGAGAUGACAGAAAAACACCCUCGGAACCUUAUGGCUACCCCUGCUGAUGAAGGACAACUUCUAAGCAUGUUGAUUAAGCUCAUAAAUGCGAAGAACACGUUGGAAAUUGGUGUGUUCACUGGUUACUCUCUGCUCUCCACUGCUCUUGCUCUUCCCUCUGAUGGAAAGAUAUUGGCUUUGGACGUGAGUCGUGAAUAUUAUGAGCUGGGAUUGCCAAUAAUUGAAAAAGCUGGAGUAGCUCACAAGAUUGACUUUAGAGAAGGGCCUGCUCUCCCUCUUCUUGACCAACUUCUUCAAGAUGAAAAUAAUAAGGGAAUAUUUGAUUUUGUUUUUGUGGAUGCUGACAAGGAUAAUUACUUAAACUAUCACAAGAGGGUGAUUGAUCUUGUGAAAAUUGGGGGAUUGAUCGGAUACGAUAACACCUUAUGGAGUGGAUCGGUGGUUGCACCACCUGAUGCACCUCUAAUGGAUUACGUGAAACAUUAUCGUCCUCAUGUGAUUGCACUCAACAAGUAUCUAGCUCAAGAUUCAAGGAUCGAGAUUUGUCAGCUCCCAGUAGGUGAUGGAAUUACCCUGUGCCGCCGCACCACCUGAUCUCUCCUUCAUAAUGAUUUGUGUGUUUGAAUUUUGUGAAUUUCAAUUUGAACUAUUUUAAUAUUUCACAAGUUUAUUGUUUACCAACCGCCUCGUCCUCUUAACCUAAAAAAAGUUCUAAGCACCUCUCCUCUUCUUUAUUAUAUAUUGUAGUAAAAAGAAGUGAUUUAUAGUCUUUUUUUUUUACUAAAAA